CUGCCAGUCUAUAUUGUCAAUGUCAUAUGUCAUGUGUAUAGGUCUGACACGACAACGACAACGAAUGAAUUUAAGAAUACAAUACGUAAAUAUUACUAAAUUAAUGUUAAGAGUCUAAAAUGACUUCUAAGAAUAUUUUAGCACUUUUAUUAUUAGUGUUUCUAGAUAUUUCAUCUGCAUUAUAUUUUCAUAUUGCCGAAACGGAAAGAAAAUGUUUCAUAGAAGAAAUUCCAGAUGAAACCAAUGUUAUAGUGAACUACAAGGUAGAGCUCUAUGAUCCCAGAAGUGGAGGAUUCAUGCCAUCAUCUGCUGGAAUUGGUAUGCAUGUGGAAGUGCGAGAUCCUGAUGACAAAAUUAUUUUAUCUAGAGUAUACAGUGCUGAAGGCAAAAUCUCAUUUACAUCUCAUAUUCCUGGUGAACAUGUUAUCUGCAUGUAUUCCAAUAGUACAGCCUGGUUCAGUGGUUCUCAGUUAAGGGUUCACUUAGACAUACAAGUAGGAGAACAUGCCAUCAACUAUGGGGAGGUUGUCCAAAAAGAGAAGUUGUCUGAACUCCAAUUACGAAUCAGACAGCUUCUGGAUCAAGUUGAGCAAAUCACGAAAGAACAAAAUUAUCAAAGGUAUCGAGAAGAACGGUUCAGACAAACAAGUGAAAGUACAAAUUCAAGAGUGCUCUGGUGGUCAGUGACCCAAACAGCAGUUCUUUUGAUAAUGGGUGCUUGGCAAAUGAAACAUCUGAAAAGUUUCUUUGAGGCAAAAAAAUUAGUUUGAGUGUUGAUAUUUUGAAGUUGUACAAAAGUUUUUUUUCAAUCCAAUCUGGUAAAAUAUAAAUAAUAAAAUGAAAAUUGUUUUUUACACUCUUUCUCUUAAUUGCGUUUUAUAAAAUGUUUAAUA